CCUAUCUCUUCUUCUUCCCUAUCACGACCAAUCUAACCAACGCGUCUUUUACACAGAGAAAAUUUUGCAGAGAUGAAACGGGAAAGAGAAAGAUUUCACAGAGCCGGUACAUGCAUCUGAAUUUGGAUCUCAAAAUUACCGAUAACCCAACUUCAUUUGAGUUCCUCUCUCUCUGGAUCUCCAUACAUAAAUCUUAAUUCCAACGAUAUAUGAAUCCUAAUUAAUCUAACUAUCUAUGAUCAUUUGAUUAAUGAUUUUUUUUGUUAAUUUUGGUUUCUAAUACAAGAGGGGAUGAUUCUGUAUAGUCUAUUAGCACACUUAUCUAUCAAUUUUAUGUUCUUUGUUGAUGUGGUGAUCAUGGAGCAUGCAAUACAGGGAACUUAAUAAAGAGAUUGAAUGAUGGCGAAUCAAGGCUCAAGUUUGACAGAUCGAAAAAUUAAAGAUGAUAAUGGCCUUGAGAAGUUCCGGCUCAUCUUCAGUAAUCUUCCUUUGGCCACGAAUCAGUGUUUCAACUAUGUCUUAUUACAUCAGUAUCAAUUUUUUGAGUUGGAUUCUCAUCAGUUGGCAUCAUCCUAGUUGGCUUCUUAUCUCUGCAAUGGUGCAUCGGGUUCUCUUACAAAUAACUAUUACUUGGAUAUAUCAUAUUGGACCUAAAAUUUCUCCUCACGGAGAAUGGAGAUUUUGUUUGGAUGGAAAAUUAUAUGCACUAGGUAUUAUGAUAUGGCAGGAUGCUGAAAAGGAUGCAAGAUCUAUUUGGCCUCAUCUUCGAAGGAAUGAUCAUUGGUAUUUCAAGUUAGGUCCCUAGAUCCUAAUAUCUUUAGUAUCAAGUUUCAUAAUGCUUCUG